AUGCCAGUGAUCAAUCUGACACGUGAAGAAUUCAAACGAUUUCGUACGAACUUUACUCAACACCAACUAUCAGAAUUAGAAAAAGAAUUUCGUUAUUCAAAAUAUUUAUGUCGUCGAAGACGUAUCGAAAUUGCUCAUUCACUUAUUUUAACUGAACGCCAAAUCAUGAAUUGGUUUCAAGCUCGAAGAUGCAAAUGGAGAAGAGACAAUUUCUACGCAAAGGUAGAAGUUAAAGUAACUGAUCGAUUAACAACUGCAACAAUGUCAUCACCUAAUCUUAUAAAAAAAGAAGAGCCUGAAAUAGAUGCAACUUGA